CAAGGAAUGGAAGGAAUCAUGGGUCCAAGAGGAAUCAAGGGAGAUAAAGGAGAAUUUGGUGCUGAAGGUGCCAAAGGACCAAGGGGUAAAGUAGGAAGACCUGGCUUCCCUGGUCAACCUGGAAUCCCUGGAAUUCCUGGGAAUGAAGGAGCACGAGGUGAACAUGGAGAACCUGGUUGCAAUGGUACCCAGGGUGAUAGAGGAUCAGAUGGUCAACCUGGACGACCUGGUCGUAUUGGAGUAAAGGGAAACAUAGGACCACCUGGACCAAGAGGAUUUCCAGGAGAGGCACCUAGCACCCUCAAAGGAGUCAAGGGAGAACCUGGACCUUUUGGACCUGUUGGACCCCAGGGACCAAGAGGAGAUGUGGGAGUUCCUGGCCCAAAAGGAGACAUUGGCCCUCCAGGUCCAUUAGGAAUUCCAGGACCACCAGGCCCGACUGGAAAAAAGGGUGAAAUGGGAAUCCGUUUUGAAGCAAGUAAAGGAGACAAGGGUGCAAAAGGAGUACCAGGACCAAAAGGACAACCAAAUCCUAUACUACCAUCAACUUGUGGAAACACCACUGCAACCUUGAAAGGAGAAAAAGGACCUCCUGGAUUAAGGGGACUGCCAGGACCACGAGGGGAAAAGGGAGAGCCAGGUGUUAAUGGACCCAUUGGAGAAAGAGGUUUUCCAGGACAAAAAGGAAAUAAGGGAGAACCUGGAAAUGAUGGUCCAGUGGGAAAACCUGGAAAAGAUGGUGACAUUGGACUUCCUGGACCAAUGGGARAACGUGGUUUCCCUGGUGAUAUUGGACUUCCUGGAGAACCAGGUCCUGUUGGCCCAUCUGGUGCUCCAGGUGCCCCUGGUCCUCAGGGCAAGGAGGGUGCACCAGGACCACCUGGAGUUGGGCCACCAGGUUUCCAAGGAGACACUGGUGCAACAGGAACCCCUGGAUUUCCAGGCAUUAAAGGAGCAAGAGGCCCCCCUGGCCCACCAGGAAAUAUUGGUCCCCUAGGUCCACCAGGUCCACAAGGAUUUAAGGGUGAUAAAGGUCCACUUGGCCCCCCUGGAAUAAUUGGCACUCCUGGCUCUCCUGGCAUGAAAGGACCACCUGGAAAACCUGGAGCUCAAGGAGACCCUGGUACCCCAGGUGACAGAGGUCCCCGCGGCUUUACCAUUCAAGGUGAUCCUGGAAUGGAUGGUCUUCCUGGACCAAGAGGUGAAACCGGAGGUAAGGGAGAUCGAGGCUUCCCUGGACCACCAGGCAGCAGUACCAAUGGCCCACCUGGAGAAAAAGGUGAACCGGGAUUCCCAGGUGUGCAAGGAAAUGAUGGGCCUUCAGGACCCCAAGGACCUAAAGGAGAUCAAUGUGGCCCAUGUCCUACGCCCCCUGCUGGUCCAAAAGGAGAUAAAGGUAGCGUUGGCCUUCCAGGAGAAAAUGGAGCUGUUGGACCUCCAGGUGAAAUUGGAGUACCAGGUGCACCUGGAAAACCUGGUACUACAGGACGUUCUGGACGACCUGGACCAAUGGGUCCAUCUGGUGACCCUGGAAUCAAAGGCAAAGAUGGAGCAAAAGGUGACAGAGGAGAACUGAUCAAAAUUAAAGGCGAGAAAGGUACACCUGGUACAUCUGGACCACCAGGACCAUUUGGGCCACCAGGGAUCCGUGGUAGACCAGGUGCUGAUGGCCAAAAAGGUAGCCCUGGUCCAACUGGUUCCAUAGGUCUAAAGGGUGCACCUGGAGUGAAUGGAAAAGACGGAUUAAAAGGUGCACCAGGAUUCUCUGGUCCAAAAGGAGAAAAGGGAGAAAAAGGACUAUUUGUCCAGGGCAGGCCAGGAUUMCCAGGUCCUCAAGGAGAAAGAGGACCAUUGGGUCCUAAAGGAUUACCAGGUCCAACUGGUGAAAAAGGUACUUCUUGGGACAAUACGCAGGGACAAAUUAACCAAGGACRGCCUGGUGACCCUGGUGUCCCAGGUAAAGAUGGUUUGAAAGGAGAAAAAGGUGACAAUGGUAAAGGUGGACUUCCUGGACCACCUGGAGCACGUGGUGUUGAUGGAGCCAAAGGUGUUGAUGGAGAAGGCCAGCCAGGACCCCCAGGACCACCUGGACCCCAGGGACAAAGAGGACCAAUUGGAGAAAAAGGUGACUCUGGUCCACCUGGAAGCCAAGGAUUUACUGGACCUGAUGGCCUGCCUGGCCCCAGGGGCCCUACUGGAUUAAAGGGAGAUGAUGGACCCCCUGGACGCCCUGGUCUUCCUGGAACCCCAGGUUUACGUGGUUUUGAUGGCAUGUGAACCAGGACCAAAAGGUACUGCAGGAGUCAAAGGAGAUAAGGGUGACAAAGGACUUUCYGUAGAAGGCCCCCCUGGUGAACCUGGUCCACCAGGUCUAAGAGGAAGCCCUGGAUUGAAGGGUGUCCGUGGYAGAGAUGGUUCCAAUGGAGCAAAUGGUUUCCCUGGUGGCCCAGGUCUGAAYGGUGAUAUUGGAUUACCAGGAGAUCCUGGUAACUCUGGACCUCCAGGACCCCCUGGUCUUCCUGGAAAAGAYGGUACUGAUGGUAACAUUGGAGAGAAAGGAUUCCCAGGUCUUCCUGGRCCCCGUGGACCAAGUGGUGAAAAUGGGCUGCCUGGAACGAGAGGAGCUCAGGGUACACCUGGAGAUCCUGGAAUACCUGGACCACCUGGUGAUACUGGACGUGCAGGCUUCCCAGGAUUCAAGGGUGAUAAAGGUGGAAAGGGUAUUCAAGGACCCCCUGGAACCACAGAACCUGGAAACAUCCCAGGGCCAAAAGGAAUGACUGGAAAUCCAGGACAACCUGGACCUCCUGGUGCCAAUGGUGUAGAUGGGAUAAGAGGCUUUAAGGGUGACAUUGGGCUUCCUGGUGACAUUGGAACACCUGGACCUCCUGGAAAAUCAGGCCAACCUGGACCUCCAGGACCACCUGGAUCACCUGGCAAAAAGGGAGAGAAUGGAAGAGAUGGCAUUAAUGGGAUUAACGGCCUCAGAGGAGAUAUUGGACUACCUGGUCCACCAGGAGUUGAUGGUACUGAUGGAACACCUGGUUCUGAGGGACCUCCAGGCCAAAAAGGUUCCAAAGGUAACCCUGGCAGAGGACUGGUAGGACCACGUGGCCCACCUGGAGCUCCWGGAAUGAAGGGAUUGCCUGGAUUCCCUGGCAUAAAAGGCAGCAAGGGUGUAAAUGGAGCAGAUGGACGCCCUGGAGACAUUGGACCAGUAGGCCCCAAAGGCUUCAAAGGCAGUAGCGGUGCAAAGGGUGAUCAAGGUGAGAAUACAGUAGAACGAGGCCCUCCUGGACCACCUGGAUUACCUGGAAGAGAUGGUAUUGAUGGCCUAAAUGGUGAAAARGGUAAUACUGGUGUACCUGGAAACCCUGGCCCUCCAGGAGCCCAAGGAGUGCGAGGUCGAAAAGGAGACAAGGGUGUAAGCGGCUUACCUGGACAGCGUGGACCAUCUGGGGAUCCUGGUCCACGAGGACCACAAGGACCCAGGGGAAUUGCUGGUGUACCAGGAAACCCUGGAUCCCCAGGAAUACCUGGAUUACCUGGAAUGCCUGGAUUGAAGGGAGCCAAAGGUGAAUUAGGAUUGCCAGGCACGCCUGGUAGUGAUGGUACUCCUGGAGCAAAGGGAGAUAAGGGAAAUCCAGGCUUCCCUGGAGUGGAUGGAAGACCAGGAGAGGAUGGUCCUGCAGGUGAAAAAGGUGACACAGGUUUGCCUGGUACAYCUGGUGCAAAGGGAGCAACUGGUCGUCCUGGAGUCGAGGGGCCAAGUGGUGCCAGAGGAUCCCCUGGUCUUCCUGGAUUCAAGGGCUUAAAGGGUGAACCAGGCAAGGAUGGACUACCUGGUACGCCUGGAAAUAAAGGUGCUCCUGGUGCUGAUGGUUUCCCUGGAUUACCUGGURCUAAAGGCAACACUGGCAUUCCUGGAUUACCUGGUUUAAAAGGCGAAAAAGGAUACGGGCUAGGAACCMCCGGACCAAAGGGAGAUAGAGGAGAUGCAGGUCUGCCCGGUAUCAAUGGCGAUAAGGGUGAACCCGGUAUCCCAGGGUUCCCUGGUGGUCCAGGCCCUAAGGGAGACAAAGGAUUGAUGGGAGCAGAUGGACGUGAAGGACCAAGAGGAAACCCUGGUUUUCCAGGAAGAGAUGGGAGUAAAGGUGAAUCAGGGCCUGCUGGUCUGCCUGGUGUUCCUGGGCCAACUGGUAGACGUGGACCUCAAGGAACUUCCGAUUUUGGCUUCUUCUUCACUCGUCAUAGCCAAACAGACCAACUUCCUUCUUGUCCCGAUUCUACCUUCCCAUUGUGGACAGGAUACAGCUUACUAUACGUGCAAGGAAACGAACGCGCCCACGGACAAGACCUCGGCAGCCCUGGCUCAUGUCUGAGGCGAUUCAGCACCAUGCCCUUCCUAUUCUGUAACAUCGAAAAUGUUUGUAAUUUAGCAUCAAGGAAUGACUAUAGUUUCUGGCUAUCGACAACUGCGCCAGUUCCAAUGAUGCCGGUGCGAGAAGAAAACGUACAGAGACAUAUCAGUAGAUGUGCUGUUUGUGAGGCUCGCGCUCAAGUCAUCGCUGUUCACAGUCAGUCCAACGCUCUGCCCGAUUGCCCGAGGGAUUGGGACCCACUAUGGCAAGGGUACAGUUUUCUAAUGCAUACUAGCGCAGGAAACGAUGGAUCAGGCCAGCCUUUAUCAUCACCGGGCUCCUGCCUUGAAGAUUUCCGUGCACAUCCUUUUAUCGAGUGUCAUGGCCGAGGUACAUGUCAAUAUUAUGGCAGUACCUACAGUUUCUGGCUUGCUACAGUCGACGCAAAAAAUCAAUUCAGAGUGCCACGACCUGAGACUCUCAAAGCUGGAACUCUACGAGAACGUGUGAGUCGCUGUAAAGUAUGUAUGAGAAGAUUGCCAAAACCUAAAGGCGUAGCGACGGGUGGAAGACUACGAAAUUAACGCAGCACCGGAAYCGGAAAUACCGCUACUGGAAACACAAGCACCAACUUAUUUUGUACACGUUUCCGGCGUGAGCUAAAAUUUAGAAGACCAUUAUGUUAAUUCACGUUARGAAAAGAGCGAAAUAUAGAAUUCUGUUGCUAAGACUCGUGUAUAGUACUCAUGUGAAUAAUUGAUAUUCUAGUGUAGCACUCAGAUUUUUGCCAAAGUGAAAGUUUUUGAUAUCAAUUUGUAAAUCAGGAAGCUUUGUGCUACAAAGUUUUUCCAUCUUUUCGCCCAGUUUCUUCAUUUGUCUGUGCAGUUAACCUCAGUCUCACAAUUUUGCGUUGCUAUACAUGACUCUUAGUAGUAGUUAUAUAUUCAAAAUUAACACAAGACGACAGAUGAGUACUAUUUUAGUUCGGUUAUAGAUUAAUUUUUCCUUCUUUACAAWUCUGUAGUCUCCCUUUCUGUUAUUGCUUUAUUUUCCCUCUCUUACUUAUCUAAGAGUAUCAAGGUAGCCAGUUUUAUCCAUUUUAUUUUAUUUCACUGGACCAAGCCUUUUCCUUUUCUUUUUUUCUGCUUUCUUUUCUUAAAUUUUUGAAUGAAUAUUUCUCCUGUUUUUUUCAAUGUCAAUAGAACUUUUUUCUUUAAUAUGAAGAUUUACAAUGCAAAARGGUUCGUGAUUAAUUCCAAUGUGGACAUGCAAACAACUCUUUGCUUGAGCAAAUGCUAAAAUUUWCUUACACCAGAAGCCUGGCGUAAAAUCUACAGAGGAAAAUAACCGGAAAGCAGAAAAAAAUUAUAGCUUAUUUUGAUAAUUAGUUCAUUAAAAAAAUAUAAAGCAUGUCGUAUUUUCAUGUUUUUAUGAAUCAAAUUUUGUAGCCGCAUUAUAUACAGUAGGUUAAAGCAAGAGAGCAUAAAUAAGWRARGGACUUCUUAAUAACGCRCGCGCCAUGUUAAUUCCCGAUUUGGCUAUUUUUAGUAACCGGUUGCAGUUUCAAUUUUGCCUUACCCUUCUCCUGUGCGUCAUCAACUUGUGUGCGCGCCCUGAUCACUAAAAACGAAAGGGGAAGAGCGCGCGCGCAAGUUGAUGACUCACGGGAGAUUUAAACUGCAUUCCGGUUACUCAAAAUAGCCCAACCGGGAAUUUACAUGGCGCGCGCGUUAUUAAGAAAUUUCCCUCUCUCAUUAAUGCUCUCUUGGUGAAAAAGUUUUUGAAUUGUAAUGGCUUUAGUUUAGGUAGAAUUAUAGCCACCUUAAAUAGUCGUUAUAUUACAAAAAAAAUAUUACCAGUAAACUUUGUYAUAAAGACAAGGCUUUUCAACUUUGAUCCGCAUUUAUGGUAUAUUCAAGUCAUAAUAUCAUAAUUUUUGUACAAUGGGAACCGUUAUGGAGUAUAUAAAUGUAAUUUUUCAAUUAUUAAUUUUUUAACGAUAUCSGUAUUUUAUCUAUUAAGAAAAAAAGCAAAAAAAGACCAAAAAAAGAAACUUAAAAUGCAGGGUAAAUUUUAGAUUUAACUGGAAUUUUGUUAAUUAACAUAUUUGUAUUUUUUCUAGAUAAUGAUUGGGUUUUAAGUGUUAAUAAAUAAUUAGAUAUACUGUU